UUUUCUUCUGAUGUUUUUUUUUUUUGGAACUGUUUGGUAGUUUGUCGUUUGAAAUUUUCAAUUUUUCUGAUUCUUGUAGCUGGCGCCGUAUGAAUUUCUAUAAAUGUUUGGUGAAUUGACGGUUAAUUUGCUUCUUCUGCGAUUUGGGUAGCUCGGAUCGACUGAAUAUCAGUUCCAAUUUUCAUUUUUUGUUGAUUUCUCUAAUCGCAUGUUUGACCUAGUUCUUCUUGAAACUGUUUAUCUAUUGCUUGAAUUGUUAUUUUGGAAGUUUGACAUUGUGAUCAAUUGCCCCUUUGCCACACUGUGGAAAUUUAACCUAGGCAAAUUGGCUAUGGAACAUGUAGAACCUCAGAAUACGAACAUGGAUUUGUAUCAAGUAAAUAGUGCUGUGAGGAGACCUCGCAUCCUGCUUGCUGCCAGUGGCAGUGUUGCUGCAGUAAAAUUUGCUAAUCUUUGUAAUUGCUUCUCCGAGUGGGCAGAAGUGAAAGCUGUUGCUACCCAGGCAUCGCUUCAUUUCGUAGACAGGGUAGCUCUUCCCAAGGAUGUAGUACUUUACGCUGAUGAGGAUGAAUGGUCGAGUUGGAAAAAGAUAGGUGAUAAUGUGCUCCACGUUGAGUUGCGCAAAUGGGCUGAUAUAAUGGUUAUUGCACCUUUGUCUGCUAAUACACUUGCCAAGAUUGCUGGAGGUUUAUGUGAUAACUUGUUGACCUGCAUUGUCCGGGCAUGGGACUACAGUAAGCCAAUGUUCGUAGCGCCAGCCAUGAACAGCCUCAUGUGGAACAACCCUUUCACCGAACGUCAUCUCAUGGGGAUCGAUGAUCUUGGGAUCUCUCUAAUUCCCCCGGUGAAGAAGAGGCUGGCCUGUGGAGACUAUGGAAACGGUGCAAUAGCUGAGCCUUCCCUAAUAUACUCGACUGUAAGACUUUUCUUUGAGAAUCGAGAACAAUCAAGUAGUGGCAAUGUUUAGUCUUAUCUUAUGUAUAUCGCUUCCAUGUUCAACGACAAAAUAGUGUGUCUCGAUGAACAAUCGCUUCCCUAAUAGUGUGUUGCAUUAUGUGCUUCACUUUGAUUUUA